AUGGCGUCGGUGGAGUCGAGACUGAAGCUGGUCGAGCAGGUGGAGUUCAAGGGCGCUUUCACUGAUGACGAGUUUGCGUCCUACCGCAACCUCUUCCUGAAAUACGACGCCAACAAGACGCUGGCGCUCGAGCUGUUCGAGCUGCACCAGAUGUACGAGGACAUGGGCGAGACCAAGACCAACCUGCAGCUGCGCCAGCUCAUCCGCGACGCCAACCCCGACACCUCCUCCGCCGACGGCAUCGACUACAAGGCGUUUUUGACGGUUCUGUUGAAGGACAAGAAGGGCCAGACCAGGUCGGCCCUCGGCGGCCUGUUCGUGCAGCUCCUCAAGCCCGUCGAGGCCAAGCAGCACACGUCGGCCAUCGGCAAGUUCGCCAACGUCUUCGAGCAGCAAGCCGCCCAGCAGACCAACGACACGAUCUCGGAGCAGAACAUCAAGAUGCAGAGGGACGCGCGGAGGGAGCAGGAGAACCGCAAGCGGGAGGCCCUGGCCAAGCUCAAGGCCGAGGAAGAGGAGAAGGCCCGGCUGGAGGCGGAGAGGAAGGCCCGCGUGCAGGCCGGUCUCGCCAAGCUCAAGGCCAACAUCAACGCCUCAUCCUGA